GAGCCGUCAGCGUUAUAUGCGUGAGGUCUGGUGUUUAUACACUUACCUGAACCCAAGACGAGACUGUUGUCACCAUGUCUAAACCACUGUCAGACCACGACAGGAAAAAGCAGAUUUCUGUGAGGGGGCUCGCCGGUGUGGAGAAUGUGGCAGACCUAAAGAAAAACUUUAAUCGCCAUCUGCAUUUCACGCUGGUGAAGGACAGGAACGUAUCCACUAAACGGGAUUAUUACUUUGCGCUCGCGCACACAGUCAGAGACCACUUGGUAGGCAGAUGGAUCAGAACACAGCAAAGUUAUUACGAGAAAGACCCCAAACGUGUUUAUUACCUCUCCCUGGAGUUCUACAUGGGCCGUACCUUGCAGAACACUAUGGUGAACCUGGCACUGGAGAACGCUUGUGAUGAAGCUGUAUAUCAGCUGGGUCUGGAUAUGGAGGAGCUGCAGGAGAUGGAGGAAGAUGCUGGACUGGGAAAUGGAGGCCUUGGUCGUCUUGCUGCUUGCUUCCUGGACUCUAUGGCUUCUCUUGGUCUGGCUGCCUAUGGUUAUGGCAUCCGCUAUGAGUUUGGUAUCUUCAACCAGAAAAUCUCCAGUGGCUGGCAGGUGGAAGAGGCAGACGACUGGCUCCGCUAUGGUAACCCAUGGGAGAAAGCGCGCCCAGAAUAUAUGCGCCCUGUCCACUUUUAUGGUAGGACAGAGCAUCACCCAGAUGGAGUGAAAUGGGUGGAUACUCAGGUUGUCUUAGCUUUGCCUUAUGACACCCCUGUACCCGGAUACAGAAACAACAUUGUAAACACCAUGAGGCUGUGGUCUGCCAAGGCUCCUUGCGAGUUCAGCCUGAAAGACUUUAAUGUCGGUGGCUACAUUCAGGCCGUGCUGGACAGGAACCUGGCGGAGAACAUCUCUCGUGUGCUCUACCCCAAUGACAACGUCAGUAAACACACAACUGAUCCUCAAUUUAAAUUAAUAAUUCAUAGAAAAUGGAUAUUUGGUCAAUAUUUACUUACCCACAUAUAUCAGAACAUCAUCACUUCAUCUGAGGCUCUGGAACGCUGGCCUAUCGACCUCUUUCAGACCCUGCUGCCACGGCACCUCGAGAUCAUCUAUGAAAUCAAUCGCCGCCACCUGGAGCAUGUGUCCUCUCUUUACCCCGGUGAUGUGGACCGCAUGCGCCGCAUGUCUCUCAUUGAGGAGGGUGGACAGAAGAGAGUCAACAUGGCUCAUCUGUGCAUCGUCGGCUCUCAUGCAGUCAACGGUGUGGCACGAAUCCACUCGGACAUCCUCAAAGCUACCGUAUUCAAAGACUUCUAUGAGAUGGAUCCACACAAGUUCCAGAACAAAACCAAUGGUAUCACCCCUCGCCGUUGGUUGGUGAUGUGCAACCCUGGUCUGGCUGAGGUCAUUGCAGAGAGAAUCGGAGAGGACUUCAUCCGCGACCUGGAUCAGCUGAAAAAGCUUCAUGAUUUUGUCAAUGAUGAGGCUUUCAUUCGAGAUAUCGCCAAAGUUAAACAGGAGAACAAACUGAAGUUUGCUGUGCACCUGGAAGAGCACUACAAAGUAAAGAUCAACCCCAACUCAGUGUUUGAUGUUCAGGUGAAGAGAAUCCAUGAAUAUAAGAGGCAGCUGCUCAACUGUCUGCACAUUAUCACUUUCUACAACCGCAUCAAGAAAGAGCCUAACAAGCAGUGGACCCCAAGAACAAUUAUGAUUGGAGGAAAGGCUGCUCCAGGCUACCACACAGCUAAAAUGAUCAUUCGUCUCAUCACAGCUAUAGGUGAGGUGGUCAACAAGGAUCCUGUAGUGGGCGACCGCCUUAAAGUCAUUUUCCUGGAGAACUACAGAGUCACCCUUGCUGAAAAAGCGAUCCCUGCGGCUGACCUGUCCGAGCAGAUCUCCACAGCUGGCACAGAAGCUUCUGGAACGGGCAACAUGAAGUUCAUGCUGAAUGGAGCGCUGACCAUCGGCACCAUGGACGGAGCCAAUGUGGAGAUGGCAGAGGAAGCAGGAGAAGGCAACAUCUUCAUCUUCGGCAUGAGAGUGGAGGAUGUCGAAGCUAUGGAUGCUAAAGGAUACAAUGCAUCAGAGUUCUACAAUCGUAUUCCAGAGCUGAAGCAGGCCAUUGACCAGAUCGCAGGAGGCUUCUUCAGCCCAAAACAGCCAGACCUCUUCAAGGAUAUCGUCAACAUGCUGAUGCACCACGAUAGGUUCAAGGUGUUUGCUGACUAUGAAGACUACAUCAAAUGCCAAGAGAAAGUCAGUGCUUUGUAUAAGAAACCUAAGGAAUGGACCAAGAAGGUGAUCCUCAACAUCGCCGGUUCAGGCAAGUUCUCCAGCGACCGCACCAUCUCCCAGUACGCCCGUGAGAUCUGGGGUGUAGAGCCCACUCUGGAGAAGCUUGCUGCACCUGAUGACCCGAAAUAAACCUCCACCUGCCCAUCUCGAACCAAGAGCAACCUGUAUGAUCGAGCAACACUAGAUGCUUCCUCUUCAAGAAUCCAGCUAUGGCAACCCGAACGCAAUCUGUCAAUUUUCAAUCUUAAACGUUAUGCCUCAUUCACUUCACAUACAAUCAAUAACUCCAACAAACUCAAUGUUCAACGGGUAACAUCUAUAUCAGCAUUAUUCAGCAAAAACCAGGGCUGCGUUUCCCAAAAGCAUCAUAAGCCUAAGUAGAUUGUGGAAACAAUUGGUCUAGGAUUUACAUAGGCUUACGAUGCUUUUGGGAAACGCUCUGAAUCGCAUAUUCAGAAUAAGAUGAGGAAACAUCAAAUCCCAGAAGGUUCUUGAUGUUAUAUUUGGGGUUUGACAUUCAAUGCAGUGUUUUUCCCCUUUCUGAAAGUAUAGAGGACUAAACCUGCAGAAAUUAAAAAUAAAUAUAUAUACAGUAUAUAGAUAGAUAGAUAGA